UGGCAGAAAGUGACAUAAAUAAAGUCGUAAACAAAAACAAAGUUGUUCAACUUGUUCAUUUAUUUACAGCGUUUAUUAUAUUUUACAAAACUAUUAGUUUUAAACUUAAAACUGAUGCCCCAUUAUUACAAAUGAUUGUUUAAAACAUAGAAUAUGGAUCAAGAAGAACCGACACCCGAAGCACUACAACGAAAAUUAUACUUUUUACUUGAACAACUUCAAGAAAUGGCGAGGGAGCUCCCACCGAAGUAUCAAAUGAGGGUCCCUAUAGAGCUGUUGUCAGGAUUAGCAAAUUGCCUUCUUAAUGAUACAAUAUUUGAAAUAGUUAAAGGAUUAAUGGAAAUUCAACAUGUGACGGAAAAACAUUUGUUUCAACAAAGAUUGCAAGUUCAGAAUAAACAUACAUUGGAAAUUCAAAACAUGAUAAACUCAACACAAAGUACGGAAGAGCAAGAACUACAGAGGACAAUUCUACUGAGAAGACAAAAGGAGGAAAUGAAACAAACUGAUAUGAAAUUAGUUAUGCAAUUAGACCAGAAGGUGAGUGAUCAGCAAGUGACGCUGGAGAAGGCUGGGGUGCCAGGAUUCUUUGUAACCAACAAGCCCAUAGAGAUCAAAGUUCAAAUGCAUCUACUGGAUUUUAUUCUAAGACUAAGCAAUAUGACCUUUCAGUGCUGAUAUCUAAGUGGCUUACUAGUUUGUCAAGUCUUAUAAAUAUGUGGGCACAUUAUGUAAGUAAGUGUAAUUUAUAAAUAAUAAAUGCGAAGAGAACCUUAUAAGAAAUUUAUUUAAAAAAUUUAAGCCUUACAAAAAAACAAUUUCAUACAACAUUAGAACGUAAGAGAAGAUGAGAACGAUCAUCAGUUAAUGAGACAAUGAUUAACAUUUCAGAAACAAUAAAAUUGUGCACAUAUAACAACUUGUCAGGUAGGUAUUUAAAAAUACAUAAGCUUUAAUCUGAAAAAGUUGCUAUCAAAAUAUGCUGGUUUUACAAGUUAAAGACCUAAUGUUAACAACAAAUUUUAUUUUACAUAAGUUAGUAAGAACAUUCAAAUACUUAUAAACCAGAUUAAUAUAACUUGUUUGUAAUGACUUCAGAAUUCAACAAAGUUCUGCCUCUGUUUGAUAAUACAGUUGCAGGCUCUAUGUAAAUUACAUAAUUUCGCCCAGACUUAUUAAAAUAACAAUAACAUUAACUCAAAGAUACACAAACAUAUUCUAUAUAAUUAUACAUAUUUUUGUGCCUGGUAGGUACUUUUAUUUGUGCUAUACAUACAUACAUUAGUAAGUUUAUGCAAACUGUGUUUUCCU